AUGAAGAUUAUUCUCAUUUUGGCUGCCGUCUCUUCCUUGUUCGUCGCCUCUUCAGCAACUCUCAAGAAUGUAACCGAUGCAGAAAUCGACGCACUGGUCAGCCUAACUCUGACAGACGCUAACAGAGAAAAAUUCGCUGAAGAUGCUUUGAAAGCUUUGCUUCAACGUGAGGUCGAAAAUAGACUUCUGAUAAGCAUGUAAGAUAAACUCAAUUGAUCGCUAUUGCCCCUCGGUGUUUGCAGACUCAAGCCAAAUUUCCUGAAAUUAGGCUUGAGUCUGCAAACACCGAGGGGCAAGAGCGAUGAAUUGAGUAUACAGUAUGUAUACUAUGCACUGUCGGUAUUCUCAUGAAGAUACGGUUUUUCAGAACGAAAGGACGCGUCGAUAUCAUCAACUCAAUGCUCCCAGUUCUUCUCACUUCUUGCGAAUCUUCCAAAAAUGAUAGCCGUACUAACGACUUGAAAUUUUUGGUCCGUUAACUGAAAACGACGAAUUGCUAAGGAAAUCGUUGCUCAUUUCAGAUCGAGUCCGUCCUCAUCCCGCUGCUCCUCCGCAAAACCCAAUGCCUGUCGCCCAUCCACCAAGGAGGAUAUGCCGUCCCAAACCAAUUCCGUCCGACCGAAAAUGGCGUCGUUAUUGAAAUCGUAAGCGAACAUUAACUUUUCUAAUUGAACCAGUACAUUUCCAGCAGGGCUCUAACGGACAGGUUCCAUUCCCCGGUCAACAUGCUUCGUCGCUAAAGGCUCCAGAAGAUUCAUCGAAACAGCCCAGCACUCCUUUUGAUCCAGCCCAGCCAAGACAUAAUCUCCAGUUCCCGGCCAACUAUCCAUACGCCUAUACUAUUCCUCUCCGCAAAUAA